AUGGCCCCUCCCACUUUUGCUGACCUCGGAAAGUCCGCCAAAGAUUUGUUCAACAAGGGAUACAAUCACGGCUUUGUUAAAGUCGACACUACUACUAAAGCUGGUGAAAAUAAGGAAGUAGAGUUCAAAACAUCUGCUGCUCACAAUCUAGGCUCUGGCAAACUUGGAGGAAACCUUGAUGUAAAGUAUAAAAUUCCUUCC